AUGGUUGUUGUGGGUGCGAGUAACGGAACCUUCGGUAGUGGCAACAUUAGGUCGUCGUUUAUGAUAGAAGAUAGAGCCGGUGGCGGAGAUCCCGGGGGCUCCACCAACAUGAUGAUCUCGGAGGCUCUUGCGCCCCGGCUGCUGAAGAUUGCGCAGGGCGCCGCAGAGGCUGCAGCAGCAGCAGCGGCAGCAGCGACUUCUCCGUCCACCUCCAGUCAACCGCAGGUAAUGGAGACGAACGGGACCCGGUGCGGUGAGCAGAUCCUGAGCUACGGCCGAGUGGAGAAAGUCCUGAUUGGCGGGGUGCUCACCAUGCUCACACUGUCAACCAUCUGCGGGAACUUACUGGUGGUCAUCUCCGUGUGCUUCGUCAAAAAGCUGCGCCAGCCGUCUAACUAUCUGAUCGUUUCUCUGGCCGUGGCGGACCUGUCGGUGGCUCUGGCCGUGAUGCCGUUCGUGAGUAUCACGGACCUGAUUGGUGGUCAGUGGAUAUUCGGACAGUUCUUCUGUAACGUGUUCAUCGCCAUGGAUGUGAUGUGCUGCACCGCGUCCAUCAUGACUCUGUGUGUGAUCAGCAUUGACAGGUAUUUGGGUAUCACAAAACCUCUGACCUAUCCUGUGCGGCAGAAUGGCUGUUGCAUGGCCAAGAUGGUUCUCUCAGUGUGGCUCCUCUCUGCCUCCAUCACCCUCCCCCCUCUGUUCGGCUGGGCGCAGAACGUCAAUGACGGCAGGGUCUGCCUCAUCAGUCAGGAUUUCGGCUACACCGUCUACUCUACGGCCGUGGCAUUCUACAUCCCCAUGUCAGUCAUGUUGAUCAUGUACUACAGGAUUUACCGAGCAGCCAAACUCAGUGCAGCCAAGCACACCAUCACUGGCUUUCCCAGGGAAGGGGAGCACAGUGUAGGGGCGGCUCCAAGAGGGGGGAGAGGAGGGCACGAGGCUCACCAGCCAGCAGAAUCCGGAGAAACAGGAAGUGUUGAAGGGACGGAGGCUGAGCAGGAGGAGGCUGAGGAAGAGGAGGAGAGCUUGGACUGUGUCGCAGCAGCACUGAAGCUCCAGCGUGAGGUGGAGGAGGAGUGCAGCACCCGUGUCUCCCGCCUCCUCAAGACCGGUGAGCACCACCAACGCCGGAAAAGGAAAAACCAGUCCAUUUUCAAACGGGAACAGAAGGCUGCGGCCACUCUGGGCAUUGUGGUCGGUGCCUUUACCUUCUGCUGGCUGCCUUUCUUCUUGGUGUCCACUGCCAGGCCAUUUGUCUGCGGCGUGGAGUGCAGCUGCGUGCCGCUCUGGUUGGAGAGAACUCUGUUGUGGCUUGGGUAUGCCAACUCCCUCAUUAAUCCCUUCAUUUAUGCAUUUUUUAACCGUGAUCUGAGGACCACCUACAGCAACCUCCUGCGGUGCCGCUACAGGAACAUCAAUCGGAAGCUGUCGGCAGCUGGCAUGCACGAGGCUUUGAAACUGGUGGAGAAGCCAGACGCUGAUGUGUAA